CUGGGCCUCGUCAUUACCAUAUCGGGGUGUAUAAAGGGCGGGCCGCGCAACCCUUCGCUCUCACCUCCUCAUCACCGCACUACAGAGCUGAGUAAGGUCAAGGAGCGCCUGGGAGCACCAUUUUUCCAGAGACAAAAUGAAGAAAAUCGGAAUUAACGGAUUUGGCCGUAUUGGUCGUCUGGUCACCAGAGCUGCUUUCAUCUCUGGAAAAGUCCAGGUUGUGGCUAUCAAUGACCCUUUCAUUGAUCUGAACUACAUGGUCUACAUGUUCAAAUAUGACUCCACUCAUGGUCGUUUCCAUGGCACUGUCAAGGCUGAGAAUGGGAAACUUGUGGUCAAUGGAAAUGCUAUCACAAUCUUCCAAGAGCGUGACCCUGCCAACAUCAAGUGGGGAGAGGCCGGUGCAGAGUAUGUUGUGGAGUCCACUGGUGUGUUCACCACUAUAGAGAAGGCCAACGCUCAUCUGAAAGGCGGUGCAAAGCGUGUUGUCAUUUCUGCCCCAUCAGCUGAUGCUCCCAUGUUUGUGAUGGGGGUCAACCAUGAGAAAUACGACAACUCUCUGAAAAUAGUCAGCAAUGCCUCCUGUACCACCAACUGCCUGGCUCCCUUGGCGAAGGUCAUCCAUGACAACUAUGGCAUUGUGGAAGGCCUUAUGACCACAGUCCAUGCCAUCACAGCCACACAGAAGACUGUGGAUGGUCCCUCUGGGAAGCUCUGGAGAGAUGGCAGAGGUGCUUCUCAGAACAUCAUCCCAGCAUCCACAGGAGCCGCUAAGGCUGUCGGCAAGGUCAUCCCUGAGUUGAAUGGGAAACUCACAGGGAUGGCUUUCCGGGUCCCAACUCCCAAUGUGUCCGUUGUAGACUUGACAUGCCGCUUGGAGAAACCAGCCAAGUACGAUGACAUUAAGAAAGUUGUGAAGGCUGCUUCUGAAGGCCCAAUGAAGGGUAUUCUGGGAUACACAGAGGACCAGGUUGUCUCCUGUGACUUCAAUGGUGACGCCCACUCAUCCAUCUUUGAUGCAGCUGCUGGCAUUGCCCUUAAUGAUCACUUUGUCAAGCUGGUCUCCUGGUAUGACAAUGAAUUUGGAUACAGCAACCGUGUGGUGGACUUGUUGGUUCACAUGGCAUCCAAGGAGUAAAGAUGGAGUCACUGCACCCUGUCUUGGGGGCAAUGUAUCACUGAAGGCACCCCUCCUUUUUCUUACCACUCAGCUCUGUACCUUGCAGUUAGAGGCUCUUAUGUUCCAUCUGCCUCUGAGGAAGUGGAGAGGCUGGAAGAAACUUUGCAUGUUUCAGUAACACCUCCUUCCCUCUCAAUAAAAGUCAUCACUGUC